GACGCGCACAGAAUUGAUCUGAUAGUGGAGUGAGCUGCGUGUGUUGUGAUCCUUAGUGAAAAAUAUAUAGGUAUUAAAAAAAACUGUGACAAUGACUAUCGGAGAUGGGAUGUGUGUUUACAACAACUUCGAUUACUCUCUCAACGUGCAAAAGAUGUUGAACAUCAAAGAUGGAGAUUUGGAUGUCUUGCUCAAGUUAUACAAUAUCAACAAGAAGGCCUUGGAUGAGAUGAUAGCCAGCAUUAGAGAGUGGUAUGAGAAGCAGCCGCAUUUACCACAGGGCCAAUUACACGAUCGCAUAACCCUCGGACAUCUAAUUUCCCGAGGAUUCAGCGUGGAACAGAGCAAGGAGAAGAUAGACAACUACUUCUCAGCCCGAGGAAGAAUGCCUGAUCUGCUCGGAGGCAGGUCACCCCUCCUACCUAAUAUGGAGAAGUACCUGAAGGAAGGGUACUGGGUUGUCCCACCCAUGAGGACCAAGGAUAACCAUAGGAUCAUGAUAUUUAGAAUACUAAGCCCAGAAAUGGUAGUCUUAGACGUGGCAAGGCUAGGCUUCCUGAUGGGAGAAUACAGACUUUUUAACGAGACUUCACAGGGUGAUCACUGGAUAUUUGACUUUAGCAACGCGACGCUCAACCAGGCUUUGCAGUUCACGCCCAUCAUCAUUUCGAAGAUUUACUAUCAUAUUACGCAAUGCUACGCCAUAAAAAUGAAAGGCAUACACCUGGUCAACGUGCCAUCUUUCGGCCACUCGAUCCUGGCUCUCUUCAAGACUAUCAUGAAACCCAAACAUAAGGAGAGGCUGCAUCUCCAUGAAGGUUUUGAUAAGGUUUUCAGUGUACUGCCUAAGGAGAUAUUUCCUAAGGAUUUGGGUGGAACUGCUGAUAUGACUGUGAAGGAUAUUUGUGACACAUGGUACGAAACCCUGCAAUCUGACACCUGGAAGGACUUCUUCGCGAACCAGGAGAAGAACUUCCACGUGGACGAAGCGAAGAGAGUGACUGCUUCUAAGAUAACUGACGAAUUCGGUGUCGAAGGUUCCUUCAGAAAAUUAGAGUUAGAUUAACUGUAGUUUAGAUGGUAAAUAAACUAGUGAAUAGUCCUAUGUUUGUACUGUAGUGAAAAACAUUGUCAACUCUCGUAUCUUAGGCCCAAGUUAGCUUAUGUUGUCGGUAAACUAGGGCUUUAUUUGUUCAUUUUAAAUUAAUUAUAGGAUGUUGUUGCAUCGGGCAUUUGGACAUUUAUUUGUUACAUCUGAUGUGAAAUGUAAGGCUGUUGAUAAAUAUUAGUACUUUAACGUUGAAAUUCGAUCGAUUUUAAGUAAUGAAAAGAGGUCAAAAUCAAAAUAAUUGGUGAUUUUGUACAAUUAGGUAAGUUUUAUGUAGAAAUAUUUUGCCUUUGUAUUUUUGAGUGUGCAAAAAUAAACCAUAAAAAUACA